CCUUGCUCUCAGGCAAGGGUGCCUGGGCACGGAUGUUCCUUUGGGUGCAGCAUCCCCAAAGCUCUUUAUCAGCAGACACUUUUUUGGGGCUUCCAUUGCUGUGUUGGCCAAACUCUCCAGCACAGAUUAGGAGGGGAUGGGUGAGGCACAGCUUUGGGCACACUGGUGCAUCCAGGUCCCCCUGCUGCCCUGACCAGCACGAGAAGGAGGAGAUAAUGGCCCAGCUUUAAAACACUGGGGUUUUGUCAGUGUAAGCUGGCACUGACAGAUGUGUUGGGAACAGGUGACGACGACACCAAAUCCAUUGGGCUUGGGGCUGCCAUCCUCACAAACCUUCCUGGCACUGCCCCAGCAGCAGGGCCCUGGAUGGCAGGGUGGAUCUGGGGCCACUUGGCUGGCAGUGUUGCCUUGGGGGUGAAGCUGUGGGGCAGCAGCUCCAGCUGGGCAGCAGGAGUGACGCUGUCACAGGGAGAGGGGUGAGAAGCAGAGCCAGGAUUUCCCUCACUUGUGUUGAGCAGCUGAGGCUGGGGUUAACCAGCCCAGGUGUCCAGCAGGAACAACCCAGAUUAACAGCACUUUGCCUCACUAAAAUUAACCCGAGGCUUUUGUGGCAGCCAGGUGGAGCUGCUGGAGCCACACGUGGUCACCCUGGGCCAUCCCAGGGGCCCUUCCCAGACAGUUCUGCAGCUUCCACCUGAGUUUUCCCUUGGAGCUUCUGAUCAGUGAUUUGCCAUAUGGAUUUUGUCAAACCCUUCCAGCUAAGCUGAUCACAGAGAUGGAAUAUUGGAAUAUAGGUAUAAAAAUGGUUUCUUAGUAGCUGAUCUGUGUGCAGGUGGGGGUCCUGGGAAGUCUGGGGAUUCUGUGGUGCUGGGGGUCCUGGGAAGUCUGGGGAUCCUGCAAAGGCUGGGAGGGUUGGGUUUCCACGGAAGGUUGGGGUCCUGGGAGGGCUGGCACCCUCUGGACCACAGCUCCCAGGCUGGGGAGCUCACAGCAGGGUGGACUGUGGUGAACACGGGCUGGACCCCCCGGACAGGGAAGUCUAGCCUCUCCCAGCCUGCAGGAGGAGGGAAACUGAGGCAGGAGAUGCAAUUCCCGCCCCAUGGAUCCCUUUGCUUCCCCUCGAGGGGGUCGGCAGCCGCGGGGCCCCCGGCUGUGCCCGGGCCCAUAAGGGCGCCUUUGUGCCCCGGGCUCCGCAGCGGCGCCGCUGCUGACUCAGGGAUUUCUGCCGGGCUCCGCCGUGGGAGCCCCGUGACCCAUCGGAGGGGGGACCCUGGAGGAGAGGGGGUGGCGGCGAAGCAGUGAGGCGACAGCUCUGCGGAAAGCCGGCGUUACUCCGUGGUGGGGCCGAGGGACGGAGGGGACACUCCAGCUGAGCAGGACCCGGUGAGUGCCUUCACUUUCUCCGGGGGGUGUUGAAUCAGCACAAGCUCCUGAUGAGACCACAGGUGAGAGUGGCUCGUGACUGCUCCAGCCGAGCCUGGAGUGGAUGCCAUCUCCUGCGGUGAUAAUCUCCAGGGAAAUGGAGGGACAUGUACGCAGCUGGGACAGCUGACCUGUCCCUGAAGGAAAGGCUCCGGGAACAGCUCUCACCCACUGCCACAGGGACAGCCCAGCUGGGGACCCCGCGGUCUGUGCUGUGCACCUCAGGUUCCCCCCACAGAGGAGGGGGAACAGGGCUGUGUCUGUCGCACUGAAGGCAGCAGAGGAACGGGAACACCCCCUGACCUUGUCACGAUGAGCCUGGGCUGCUCCGGAGGUCUCGUCUGUGGGCUCUGCCCCCCCAAUGCCUACAUGGAGCUGUCAGCCUCCUCGCUGGUACCCUGUGCCCCGAUGCACCUCUGAGCUGUGGUGACUUGCCAGCGCACACUCAGCCCCUCUCCACCCCAGCCCUGCCCCUCAGCUCCUGCUCCCGGAGACCCAAGCCCACCAAGUUAAACCCCAAACACUUCCAAGGACAACCCCUGUCCGUGCCCAGCAGCCGAUCCCCCACCUCCAUCAGCCCUCCACAUCCUUGUGCUGCAGCUGCCAUGGGCUCCCGGCACUUCCCGGCCCGGACCGUGCUCUUCGAGAAGGAAGCCAACGGCGUCACGUACCGUGUGCCCGCCCUGCUGUACCUGCCCUGCGUGGCCAAGCUGCUGGCAUUCGCCGAGGAGAGGCUCAGCGCCGACGAUGCCCACGCCAACCUGCUGGUGCUGCGCCGCGGCACCAUCUACGGCAGCUACGUGGAGUGGGAAGACAUGCGCGUGCUGGAGACGGCAACGCUGCAGCACCAUCGCUCAAUGAACCCCUGCCCUCUCUACGAUGAGUUCACGGGCACCCUCUUCCUCUUCUUCAUCACGGUGCUGGGCAGGACGCCCGAAGCCUACCAGAUUGUCACUGGCCAAAAUGUCACCCGCCUCUGCUGCGUCACCAGCGCUGACCAGGGCCUGAGCUGGAGCACAGCCACAGACCUGACAGAGCAGGUCAUCGGUGCGACCAUCAAAGACUGGGCGACGUUCGCGCUGGGCCCCGGGCACGGCAUCCAGCUGCGUUCUGGCCGGCUGCUGGUGCCCGCCUACAGCUACCACAUCGACUGCAAGGAGUGCUUCGGGCAGCUCUGCAAGACCACCCCGCACUCCUUCGCCUUCUACAGCGACGACCACGGCCGCGGCUGGCGCUUCGGGGAGUUCAUCCCCAACCUGCAGACGGGCGAGUGCCAGCUGGUCUCUGUGGACGAGGAGGACGGGUCCAACGUCCUCUACUGCAACGCCCGCAGCCCCUUGGGCUUCAGGGUCCAGGCGCUCAGCACGGAUGACGGGGCUGUCUUCCACGGCGGGCAGCUGGUCCAGCGGCUGGUGGAGCCGCCCCACGGCUGUCAUGGCAGUGUCAUUGGCUUCCCCGCGCCCUUCGUGUAUGUCCCCACCGCCGCCCGGGACCCUGGGAUGCCCCUCCGGGGCUCGGUUUGCCGGGGCUUGGGGCACCCGCCCACCCAACAGGCAGGAGGUGCUGAGCCGCCCUCCGGCAACCGCCGUGAGCCAGAUGAGCCCCAUGAGGAUCGUCCCAGCCCAGGGUGGCACGAUGAUGCCCACAAUGUCACCUCGGUCCAGGGGGACCCUGCGGCAACUCCCAGCCCCACUCCCUUCUUCCAAGCGCCAACGUGGAUCCUCUACUCCCACCCCACCAGCUCCAUGUCGCGGGUGAACAUGGGGGUCCACCUGAGCACCUUCCCCAGGGACGCAGAGAGCUGGACAGAGCCCUGGGUCAUCUACGAGGGCCCGAGCGCUUACUCGGACCUGGCGUACAUGGAGCUGCCCUACAGGGACGCGCCGGUGGCCGGCGGCACGGCCAUCGCCUUCGCCUGCCUCUACGAGAACGGGAUGAGGUCUCCCUACGAGCAGAUCUCCUUCAGCAUGUUCACGCUGCACGACGUGCUCCAGAACAUCCCCCUGACAGCCGCCGCUCCCCCGCGGGGCCGCCGGGGCAAGAGGAGGAGGAGGAGGAGGAAGAGCUGCCUCGUCUCCUAGAGCCCGCCCGGGUCAGCUCCCCCAGCACCCCAAUGCUGGAUCCUGGAGCCGUCAGCUGGGUCCUGCCACCAUCCAGCAUGGCCACAUCGCACAGAGGUGUGUUACUGUCCCCACACUGGGGUUUGUCUCGUUUUUAUUGCUAUUUUUUAAAUUCUAUCUCGGGUGGGGAGGCUUUUGCCCCAGCCCAGACUCAGGCUCCUCUCCAAGCAAGAGCCACCUCUGGAAACAGAUACUGGGGGGCAACAGCAGCAGCGCAGGGGGGAGGCAGCCAGAGGCACCCUGUGCCAUCCCUGUGCCAUCCCUGCGCCAUCCCUGUGUGCCAGGGGCUGGCUCAGGGGGAUGUGGUGCUCCAUCUGCGCCAUACCUGGUACCACCACCCCGCUCCAAGGGCUUUCCUCCCCUUGUUAUAAAUAGUUAUGCUAUAUAAAUAUGGUAUAUAAUGUUAAGUUCUUUCUUUUUCAUGAAAAGGCUUUUUCUCAGUGGUCUCUCUGAAGUCACUCUGAGGGUUUGGGCUGGGGGAGAAUUCUGUUCCUUCAUUUUUGCUGGGGUGGGGCUGGGUUUUAUAUUCAGGCUGAUGAUAAGGAAAUGUUUGUAUUGCAUUACUUGUCUGUCUGGGCUUUUAGUUCUCUCCAUUAUUUUCAUUUUCAUUACAAUUUUUAUUAUUUUUUCAAUUAUUAAAGUGUUUUUAUGUCAA